GACCGUACAAGCAAAGCGGAAAGAAAAUGGCGGCCGUGGCUGCGGAGCCAGGAGCUGCUGCGGCAUCAACAACAACAGCGGGGAACAGUGGUGAUUUCGAACCGGAACCGGUGCCGGAGGCCAAAAUCGACUUCGAUGCGACGCAGGAGUACGCACCAGUAAUGGACCAUGUUCACCAACUCAAGGAUGGGGAUGCAGUUCAGGAAUGCAACCAGGUCCAAAUGGAGCUAGUGAGCAGGCCAGACCUAGAAGCAGCGGGAAAAGCCCUCGCUGCUAGUGCAGAGGAUGAACAGAUCGAGGCAGGCUGUCUUGGGGUCGGUGUAGAAAAAACGGAGAACCAUGCUCUCGAGGGCUUUGGUUCCAAAUACACCAUGUCGCGAGCGGAACGUUUGAAACAGUUUUUUUCGCCGAAUGUUGAACCUGCAAACGAGGUCAGUAAGCACGAGCCCUACGCCUGCCUUCAGAAUAGCCCCAUCUCCGAUUCACAGCCAUCGGUGGUCUUUUUGCAUUCGUUCCCUGCGCAACCUGUGGCUACGGAGGCUGGGCUGUCGUUAGCAGAACCAGCAGAACCCAUUAUAGAUUACGAUAAGAACCCAGAAUUAACCCAACCUACUAAUAUCGAGUGUGACUAUAGAGCUUUAAUUAAACCGUCUCACGAGGCUGAACUGGAUCCCGAACCCGCAGAUGAAUUUCCUUCUGUCUCCGAGUACAAGAAUGACGACUCCUCAGAAGCUGCUUCGCUUGAACGUCCCCAGUCCAUAGACCACGUCGACUUUCUACCAAUUCUAGAGAGGGAAACAGUCCUUGGGACACCCAUGGAGGCUGGUUACAUGUGUGACUUUUCGAGCAUAACAACCCAGAACAUUCCGGGACCCGAGGUUCCUCUAAUGCCAGUGGACCAGGUACCCUCCUCGGCAGAACUUGGAGACUCGUGCUCACCACAGAGGUUCGAAACGAAUUUCAAUGAAAGCGAUCCAGUAUCGAAAGCCUCUCCCCCUGUGUCUGGUGCUGAAACUGAGGAGCUACAGCCUGAGUCUGUGCACAACCUGAUACCUGGGUCUGAGGUUCGAGUAUCUCUGGAUCACAUAAUCGACGACGCACUGGUGGUGUCCUUUCAGUUAGGCAAGAAAAUCUUCUCCGGGGUUCUGAUGGACCUAUCUAAAAGGUUUGGACCCUAUGGAAUUCCAAUCACUCUGUUCCCGGAGAGAGAAUACAAGGAUACACCCGAACCUAUGCAGCUAAAGAUGGAACAACACCAGCCAGAGACCGAGAAUGUGGAAAAGCCAGUCCAGGAAAACCCUGAUGGCCAAGUUGCCACAGUGCCCGAACCAAACCCUGACCCCCAGACUAACCCAUGGACUUCAAAACCUCCCCCACUGUUUCAGGAAGGCGCCCCUUACCCUCCCCCUUUAUUCAUCAGGGACACCUACAACCAGUCGAUACCUCAGCCGCCUCCCCGCAAGAUCAGGCGGCCCAAGCGCAGGCUGUACCGCGAGGAGCCCACCUCCAUCAUGAACGCCAUCAAGUUGCGGCCCCGUCAGGUGCUCUGUGACAAGUGCAAGGGCGCUGUCACGACAGUGGACAAGAGGGAGCCGCGCAGAGGCCCCGUGUCGGACUCUAGGAGCGAGGAUGCCAAGCGGAGACGCAACGACAGCGCUGUCAGCAAGCGGCCGCGCAACGACCCCCGCUCAGAGGAGAAGAGCCGUGCUGCUGAGGUGACCAAACGGCAGGUCUCCUCUUCUUCCUCCUCUCUGGGCCAGGUGAAGGGCGGAGCUGGAGGGAACAGGGUUCUGAGGGCGACCUCCACCACAACAUCAUCACCGCCGGUGAACAGCGGCUCCAGAGUCCAGCUCAAUGCCAAGAAAGUGCUGCAGAGCAAAAAUGUUGAUCACUCCAAGGCCCGGGAGGUGCUGAAACUGGCCAAGGCCCAGAAGAGGCAGAGGGAGACUACGGUAAUCACUGACAGCAGUGGCAACGCCAAGACGAUGACGAGGGCAGCCGCCCUGCAGGAGGCCCACGCCCACCAGAAGGUCCACUUCACUCGGCGGCUGCAGCAGAUCAGCGGGGUGGGACCAAGCAGUGCCACCCCUCUCCCACCCAGGCGGCUGCAGCAGAUCAGCGGGGUGGGACCAAGCAGCGCCACCCCUCUGCCACCCAGGAUGCGCAUCAAGCCCCAAAGGUACCGUAAUGAAGAGAACGACUCUUCUACAUGUAAGCUGCCUUGCCUGGAGAAAGUGCCGGGAAGUGGCUGUUUGUCCCCUCCAAAGCCAGACGCGCCCCGCUGCACCCCCACAUGCUCCUCCUCCUCCUCCUCCUCCUCCUCCUCCUGCUCCACAGGCCAGGCCGCUGCUGCUGAAAGCCAGGGCCCAGAUAACGGGCCAGAACCUGAGGUUUGUCCUCAGCCCCAAGUGGAGCCCCCCACAGCCACGGAGCACGGUGACCCCAAGGCGGAGCCGGAGGAGCAGGAGGAGAGGCGGGAGACGCGUGGCAGCAAGGCUGGCAACCUUGUCGUUUUCAUGAACCUUAACCCCGGCCAGCCGGACUCCUCUAAUACCUCUAUGUGCAGCGUUGAUAGUGCAGACGACUUAAAGUCCUCAGACUCAGAGUGUAGCUCUACGGAGAGCUUUAACUUUCCCCCUCCCGGUCGCCCCUCGCCCCCCGUCCCCGGCACGUCCUCAGCAGUCGCUGACCCGUCGCCUGCCCCUACGGAAGAGAAAAAGCCCUGUAAAUCUCAGAAAGUGUUUUCUAAAAAUGUGUCUAAGUGUGUCUCUCUGGAGGGCAGGACCAUUUGCGUAGGGGACAUUGUUUGGGCCAAAAUAUAUGGCUUUCCCUGGUGGCCAGCCCGCGUCUUAGGUAUCCAGAUCAGCCGUAAAGAUAAUGGGCUCUUAGUCAGGCAGGAGGCCCGUGUCGCCUGGUUCGGUUCACCCACCACCUCCUUCCUGGCUCUUGCACAGGUCGCCCCUUUUCUAGAAAGCUUCCAGUCACGCUUCGACAAGAAGAGAAAGGGCUUGUACCGUAAAGCCAUCACAGAGGCCGCCAAGGCUGCCAAGCAGCUCACUCCCGAGGUUCGCGCCUUGCUUACACAAUUCGAGACGUGAGGUGGUGUGCUUUGGGGGGAAAAGGAAAGGUAGGCAAAAAUGGCACCCACUCCCCCCCCCCCCCCCCCUGCAUCUCUCCCCUGCUCGUCACCUACAGGGCCCCCUCACCUUCCAGGGAGAAAGAAACUAAAUAUUUCAGGCCAGAACACAACCAGUAAUCUUUUUUUUGUUGUUUUUUGUACGCUUGAAAAGGGACUGGAUGGUAUGGGGUUAUGAACCUUGCUGGGUAAAUAAGGAUGGCAGUGUAUUUUUACUUUAUCAAGGAUCACCUUUUCCAACCUGGUGGAAAUCUGGUAAUUGUAUAUUUUAGGAACAUUUUUAUUCACUGGUCAGUGAUUUGGAAUAUUCUCCUUUUACUUCUUAAAUUGAAGCCUUUAAAUGUCACUCUUUGUGCAAAGAAACUUCCGUCAUGUUUUAACACAAACGGGUUCACAGGUUGAUCGAUCGAGUUCCGCUGCCAAUUGUCAAAAUCUUAAGAGACAAAAGGGUAUUUCUUUCAGUCUAUGCAACAAACGGUUCAGUGUCAGAUACUGUGAAUGGAAAGAUACAGGAUCUGAGCAGGAGUAGAUAUUAUGCAUCCGUACGGGUGGAAGACAUGCUGUAGCUGUGAUGUGACCAGGAAAUGGACACUUGUGGAUUUGAAGAGAGAGCAGGCAUAGGGGCUCAUGUAUCUGCUGUACCUCGGACAUAGUCAUAGCUGCCUGACUGUGGGAGCUGCCUGGCUGUGGGAGCUGCCUGGCUGUGGGAGCUGCCUGGCUGUGGGAGCUGCCUGGCUGUGGGAGCUGCCUGGCUGUGGGAGCUGCCUGCCAGGACUUUCCAGACAGUUGAGCCUUGGUAGUGAGGAGCCUUUAAGCCAGACAUGCGAGCCGGGGUGGUGAGGAACCUUUAAGCCAGACAGGUGAGCCGGGGUGGUGAGGAACCUUUAAGCCAGACAGGUGAGCCAGGGUGGUGAGGAGCCUUUAAGCCAGACAGGCGAGCCGGGGUGGUGAGGAACCUUUAAGCCAGACAGGCGAGCCGGGGUGGUGAGGAACCUUUAAGCCAGACAGGUGAGCCGGGGUGGUGAGGAACCUUUAAGCCAGACAGGUGAGCCGGGGUGGUGAGGAACCUUUAAGCCAGACAGGUGAGCCGGGGUUGUGAGGAACCUUUAAGCCAGACAGGUGAGCCGGGGUAGUAAGGAACCUUUAAGCCAGACAGGCGAGCCGGGGUGGUGAGGAGCCUUUAAGCCAGACAGGUGAGCCGGGGUGGUGAGGAGCCUUUAAGCCAGACAGGUGAGCCGGGGUGGUGAGGAACCUUUAAGCCAGACAGGUGAGCCGGGGUGGUGAGGAGAGGAGGAUGGUGUGCUGCUCCUCAUCCCCUCUCAAAAUAGAGAUGGCUAUUGAUACAGUGCCCCCCCACCCCCACCCAUAUUUCUACAGUGCUACUACAUACUCUAGUUCCCUUGACUCUCUUCUCAGCCUCCACACUCCUCCAGUCUCUGUUCUUCUAUCUGACUGUGUCCUGUCUACCUAAUGCUCUACUGAGUUAUCCAAGACUGUUCUAGUCCUACUUCUCUAAUCUUCCUAGCUAGCGCCUUGGUUUUUCAUACAUAAAAUGAUGCCCAGUUGUUUUAAAAUCACUGAUUUAAUGAAUUGUCUGCAUCGGGACAUUUUCAAUAAACAUUUAGUUGAUGCAGCGAAAGCUUCCCAUUCCAAUGAUAUUGAGUCGACUAGCUUUGGCCGUGGGAAGCCAUUUUAGUUACUCCUCACAUAGACCGAUGUGAUAUGGUAGCACGUUAUAUGGGAGUGACUAUAUUUUUUUGCCAGUUGUGUUAAACUUUUACUAUGGGUUUGCCAUAUCUUGUUGAUUUAUUACGUUUUCCAGUGAUUUCUCAGUUUCCGUUGUUAGACCCACCCACUUGACCCUAAUUUGAAGUGGGAAAUGUGUGUGGAUUUUUAUUUGGUGCGUCUGAACUUUAUCUUCUAUCACUUCCUUCACUGCUUGGCUAAUCUCGUACGACUGUGAAUCUUGAUUUUAUAUAUUAUGUACAGUACAAUCUGUAUCAAAUUAUUUAGAGCUUUCAUGAUGAUUCAUGUUAAAGGGUUUUCUUUAGUGUGACUGAGGGGAGGGCGGGAUGAGGCUAUCCUGGCUGUGGGGGGGGGGGGGGGGGGGGGGGGGGGGGGUGACCUAUCCUGCCUGAAAGGGGCGGGGGGGGGGGGGGGGUGAAGAUGAUCUGUUCUGUAAUUAUGGGUUCACUUCAGAUUUGACCACUUCAUCACAAAAAUGAUGAAUUACAUUUCCUAAAUAUGUUACUAGCCACUCUGACUAAAUAUGAAACGUACAUACAGUAAAGACUAACAUUGCCUCACUUUUGCCCUUUUGGCCCGAACAGGUAGAGAUCAGAUGCCUCUUGCUUGGUAGCACACACACUGACCUGACCAUGGUUACAAGCAGAGACAAGUAUGGUUAUGACAGUUGGCUCUGUUUCUUUCUGACCUCUAUCAUCUGUUUGCAGAUCAGAGAAUGCUGUAUAGGAGACAACAACAAAAAAACACGUUGAAAAGUAACAUUUGAUGAACACUUGUGUAAAUGUUUUCUGCUGUUUUUUAAAAAGUAUAUAAAUAAAAUGUAAAGUUUAAAGAAUCUG